GUUCCCUCCGCCCGCGCUGUGUCGCUGUGUCGCGAGUCAGUCCGCAUGCGCGCUUUUAUCGAUCACAGAACAUACAAAGCAUCAGAGAUAGUGUCAAAAGUAUCAAAUGUCUGUGUGGAUACCAGUGUAGGGAAGAGACCAGUUACAUGACAGUGAUUGUGAUGGGUACACGGGCCUGGGUGUGGUGGCUGGUGGUGGGGGCCGCGUGCUCCCGGGAACUGGACCCCGGCUCGUGCGUCGCGCGUUUCGACGUCCAGCGAGAUAAGAUCAUUCGCACGGAGGAGUCCCGGGAGAUGGGGGCGAGGUAUCUCUCCGAGCUCGACGUGGGCGCGCGGUCCGAGUGUCUGCGGCUCUGCUGUGAGACAGACUCCUGUGACGUCUUCGUCUUCGAAGAGAAGAGUCCUGGCAGCUGCUACCUGUUCAGCUGCGGCCCGCCCGAGGACUUCCGCUGUAAGUUCACGGCUCACGGGAACUUCAGCAGCGGCGUGCUGGCCAUCAGCCGCCGCCUCGCCGAGCUUCAGGACAGUGAGCGACUCGCAACGCACGAGAGAGAACUGGCCAACUUACGGAACCCCACCAGCACGACACUGACCACGACCCUGGCGGCGCGCAGGACGGAGCCUCCGCCGCCCCAGCCGCCCCAGCCGCCCCAGUCGCCCACAGCUAGACCCUGCAGUCGCUACCAGUUCGAGUGUCGUCGCGGCGGCGAGUGUAUCGCCGUGUACAACGCCUGCGACGGCGUGCCGCAGUGCGCGGACGGCAGUGACGAGGCGCCCGAGCUGGACUGUCCUACGUCACCUCCGCCUCCGUCACCGCCGGCGUCUCCCCUGCCGCCCGCUCCGCGUAUGCCGCUCUCGCCGCCCUCCACGACCUUAGCCUCGGUCGUCAGCAGACCGCCGCCGCCGCCCCUCACACAGGCUCUAUCAGACAACCGGUUCACGGGGGUCGUGCCGGCAGAGGGCGACUUGCUCGACGGAGCGGAGUCCUGGCCGAGGCGACUGGCGCAGGCUCAGCCGCAUCGAUACGCGGGGGGCGGGGCGGCCGGAGCGGGCGGAUCGCACAUCUUCAGUCACAAAGGCGGACUGCUCCAAGAGAGCUCCUUCGACCCGGCGCUGCCUCCCGCCUGGCCGCGCCGGCCCUGGACUCCGCAGCUGACGGCUCCGGUUUCAGACAUGGAGUCGGAGCGCGCGUGGGGCGGGUACGGACGCGAAUGGCCCGACGUGGAGCCCCGACGAGCUUGGCCCGUGUCGCGGCCAGAGACCGACGUACAAAUGUAUUUAUCUUCUAAAACUAUGCCGGAAAUGCCCAUGAUAUAUUCGAGUCAACAGCAGACGCUACGGGACGGACCCAAAAAAGGCUUCGAGAUAAGGAACAAAAACGCAUUGGAUUUCCCGAGCGAGCCUCCGCCGCGCCGUCUGCCCCCCUCCACGCUCGACCUGAGAGAGGAGAACAGGCCUAUAGUCUUAGAAAACACGACGAAGAAGAAGCUUCUAAAAGAAAAGGAGGUGGAUUUAAACAACGAACAUCAAAAUGUAGUAGCUGGCCGCGUCCCGGCUCCGAGCGGCGCGGAGGCUGCGAGGGCCGCGGGGGGCGGCGGGAGUGCGGGGGUCGCGAGGGAGCCCGCCGCACUGCAGGCUCGCACGCGCUGGGCCAACGACGAGCACGACGGUCUCAGCGAGCACCCUCCCGCCGCCGUGCUGCUGCUGGUUCUCGGCUCGCUGAUGACGGCCUGCCUGGCGGGCCUGGCCGUGUGCCGCGCGCGAGCCUCCCGCCGCCGCCGCCGCUCUCACCCGCGCCUGGCGCUGGACGCCGAUUACCUCGUCAACGGCAUGUACCUGUAGCGGCUCGAGGCCUGGGGAGGUCGGGGAGCUGGGAUCGCAGCUGUAGACUUUCGUUAUAUACGUUAAUAUUAAUUCACUAAGAAUAUAUUGCAGCCGACGACGUUGAGUGUUCAUUUUGAAUAACAUUUUCAUAUUUAAAUUGAAUAUAAACUUGUGUUGCUAUUUUGUCAAACAGUGAGUCCAUCGAGCUGUGCCAUUUCAUUUUCUUACCUGUUUCA